AUGGCAGAGAGGGGUUCUCCCAGAGCAUCAUAUACUGCGUCUUUUAAACUCAGAGUUGUAGCUUAUCCUGUUGACAAAGGAAACCGUGCUGCUGGAGAGCAGUUUAAUGUUGAUGAAAGCUGUGUGCGUCGCUGGCAAUCGCAGUGAGAAAAGCUGCUUAGAACACCCGGCAACAAGCGUGCUCAAUGAGGUCGCUCUGCUGCAUUUCUGGAGCUCGAGAAGGAAGUUGCUGAGUGGAUCACCGAGAAGCGCAAAGCUGGUACUGGCGUGUCCACAAACAUUAUU